UGCUCUGUAUCGUCAUCAGCGUGCCCCACACCCGGAAGUACACAGGGUGUAAGUGGACAUCUAGAACAAUCUAGCACAAUAACGGAAUAGUUUCAUAUGGAUUGCUAAUAUUUUCCAUAAUCUCCCAUACACCUACCCAUUACAUUACCAAAGUAUUUAUAUUCCGUUUGACCCUGUGAAUGAGCGUUAACGAAAAGAUGACCCAGGACGCGACGGCUUUUAAGGAAGAAGGUAACAAUUUCUUCAAAACUGGCGAUAUUCAAGGAGCCUUGUGCAGCUAUACCAAGGCACUUAAACUUAGCGAGAACAAGUCCGAUAAUGCUAUCCUUUAUCGCAACCGCUCCGCCUGUUACCUGAAGCUAGAAGACUAUUCCAAGGCUGAGACGGAUGCGUCAAAAGCUCUUGAUACCGACCCAGGUGACAUCAAAGCAAGGUAUCGUCGUGCGCAGGCGCUACAGAGCUUGGGCCGACUGGACCAGGCCUUUCUGGACGCGCAGAAAUGCGCACAGCUUGAGCCUAAAAACAAAGCAUUCCAGGAUCUGCUGCGUCAGCUUGGUUCUCAGAUCCAGCAGAAGACAUCCCAGCUCUCCUCCACAGAUGCUCGUGUCCAGCAGAUGUUUAAACUCUUGAUUGACAGCUCAACACCACAGUCAGACAGACAGAAAGCAGCUCAGAACCUGGUGGUGCUCUCCCGUGAGGAUGCAGGGGCCGAACAGAUCUUUCGCAACGAUGGUGUGAAACUCCUCCAGAGGCUCCUCGAGUCCAAGUACGAGGACAUUGUGCUGUCUGCUCUCAGAACGCUUGUCGGCUUGUGUACGGGACACCAGUCAAGGACCAUGGCUAUCGUGAAUGAGCUGGGCAUGGAAAAGCUGUGUGCUGUCAUGGGCUCCGGUGAGGAGGCCGUGUCCCUGGCUGCCUGCCACCUGCUGCAGGUUAUGUUCGAGGCCCUCACCGAGGGCAUGAACAAGGCCAUCAGAGGGCAGGACGAGGCCAUCCUGCCUGACCCCUCUCGUGAGCUACAUUCCAUGUUGCGGCACCUCCUGGACAUGCUUCCCUCUGCUAGUGUGUCAGGGCCCGGCCGAGACAGUGCCAUCAACCUGCUGGUCAAGCAAGUUCCCCGGAAAUCCCAAAAGAGCCCAAACAACUCGCUCACACUGUGGGUGAUAGACAAGGGGCUUAAGAACAUUCUGGAAGUGGCAGGAACGGUGCCAGAGAUGGGCAACGGACCACCGCUGACAGACAACUCCCACAUGAGCAGUUCCGUGCUACUCAACAAACUCUAUGAUGACCUGAUUAGUGAUGCUGAGAGGGAGAACUUCAACCGCAUCUGUGAAGAAUACGUGAAGCAUAAUUUUGAGCGCACAAGUUUGGAGUCGAAGUUGCGGGCCAUCCAGGCAGUGUCUGUGCUACUGCAGGGCCCCAGCGAUGUGGGCAACCUCACGCUGGAGCUGGCCGGCAUAAUAGAAACGGUCAUCUCUCUGUGCGCCUCCAAGGACCUUAUCCACCAGCAGGUGGCAGUGGAGACCCUCAUCCACGCAGCCGGCAAGGCCAAGAGGGCCACGUUCAUCACAGCUAACGGUGUGACGCUCCUGAAGGAUCUCUACAAGAACAGCGAGAACGACAGGAUACGUGUCAGGGCACUGGUGGGAUUGUGUAAACUGGGAUCAGCUGGAGGCACAGAUUUCAGCAUGAAACAAUUUGCUGAAGGCUCCACAUUAAAACUGGCCAAGCAGUGCAGGAAGUGGUUAUGUAACGAGUCUCUACCGGUCACCUCGCGGCGAUGGGCCAUUGAGGGCCUGGCGUACCUGACCUUUGAUGCAGACGUGAAGGAGGAUCUGGUGCAGGACAAGAACGCCCUGCAGGCCAUGUUCCAGCUAGCUAAGUCUGAGGAUAAGACUGUGCUCUUUGCUAUUGGCUCCACACUGGUGAACUGUACCAAUAGCUACGAUGUAGAGAAGCCUGACCCGCAGAUGGUGGAGUUGGCUAAAUAUGCGAAACAGCAUGUGCCUAAAGAGCACCCUAAGGACGCUCCAUCCUAUGUGGAGAAGAGGCUGGUGAAGCUGCUGGAGGCUGGGGUGGUGUCCGCACUGGUGUGUAUGGUCAAGCAGGAGAGCCCAGCCCUCACCGAAUCCUGCAGGGAGUGUAUCGCCAGGGUGUUCCUGGCUUUGGUGGAACGACAAGAGGACCGGGGAACAGUGGUGGCACAGGGUGGAGGAAAGGCUCUGCUUCCACUAGUCACAGAGAGUACAGACAAGGGCAAGAUCAAAGCAGCUCAGGCACUGGCUAAAAUCACCAUCACGCACAACCCACAGAUUGCCUUCCCUGGAGAGAGGAUCUAUGAGGUGGUUCGUCCUCUUAUCAGUCUGCUGCACCUGGAGUGCACAAUGCUGCAAAACUUUGAGGCAUUGAUGGCCCUCACCAACUUGGCUGGCAUCAGUGAGAAACUCAGGCAGAAGAUCAUUAAGGAGAAGGCGGUGGCAAAGGUGGAGGGCUACAUGUAUGAGGAGCAUGACAUGGUGCGUGCUGCAGCCACGGAGUGCAUGUGCAACCUGGUCCUGAGCACGGAGGUGCAGACGUUGUUCCUGGACACGGGGAGUGACCGGCUGAAGCUGCUGGUGCUGUACUCCGGCGAGGACGAUGAGAGGCUCAGAAGGGCGGCAGCUGGCACACUGGCCAUGUUGACCGUAGAGCAGCCUGACCUAUGUGCCCGCAUCCCUGAAACGACUAGCCACUGGCUCGAAAUCCUGCAGGCACUGUUGCUAAGCGACAACCAGGACCUCCGUCACCGUGGUGCAGUGAUCACGAUGAAUCUGAUGCAGGCGCAGCGCAACCUGGCAGAGAAGCUGAUGGAGAGCGAGACUCUGGAGAUCCUCUCCGUCAUGGCCAAGGGGGGCAGCCCGGCGCCUGGUCCUGAGGCCCGUGCCGCCCAGCAGUGCCUGGAUCUGGCCAUGGGUUACGGACUCAUUCAGGCAGGAGCGCUGGCAGGAGAGCCCAGAUCUGAGGCGUGACCACAGCGCCUGGUAGCACCAUGGCAAACUGGGCCUUCAAGAGUCCUCAAGUCUGAGUUCUCAUUUUCUAUGGUCGUGUGAUGUUUGAGUACGAGAGGCAGACGAGUUAGCCCUGGCUCUGGUUCUUUUCAUCACAUCCCACUGAAGUAGACAGUGCUCAAGAAAUCUAGUGUGAAACGCUGCAGUGUUAUCAAACCAGUUUGAAGUGAAUUAUAAGCAUUCAUAAUAAGCAUCAGCCUUUUCCAUGAACACUAGUGUGUCUUAAAACAUGCACUCACGCUGUAGUACAGAACAAUGUGCUAUCACAAGGCCACAUUCCAAAUGUAAUUUUUUUUCACAUUCCCAUUCACUGGCAGCUUUGUAGACAAACACCAAAUCAGACCAAAUGUUCCACAUUGAUAAAUAUUAUGAUUACAUAUUAUUGAGCGCUCUUGCAUUCCAAAAUCUUGGUUUAUGUUUGUACAGGUAAUUUGCAUUUGAACGUUGGGGUAUGUUUUGCAAGCUAGUUUUACAAGAGGGGUUUAUUGUUUAUUUAGCAAAUGGACUCUGUUGAAUUAUGGUUUGUUGUGACUUUUUAUAUUAAGAACACUAAAAGUGUGUACCAAUACUUUCUCUGUGUAUAAAUUAUUAUUUUUUCACAGAAUGUUGCACAAUAAAAAAAAGAUGUAUUAUUCAA